CCUCUAUCCUUCACAGCUCUUAAGUCAACAAACCUGCUGCUUUCUCAUCUUGACCACCGGCUCUAUCUCAACUAAGAAACCAAAGAUGUCUGGCAUCAUGAAGGUGUUUCUGCUCCUGGCCGUUGCAGUCUGCAUCUCUAAAGCUCAGCUGAAUGAACCAGGACAGAGCUGUCUUUGUCAGCGUGUCAGAAACGGCGUCUUCUCAAAGGCUGACAUAAGGGACAUCCAGAUUUACCCUGCUUCUAUCUUCUGUGACAAAGUAGAGAUUGUUGUGACCAGUGCAAACGGCCGCUACUGUCUGAACCCUGAACUUCAAAUUGUGAAAAAGAUGCUUACCAGAGUCUUAAGGAGAAAGGCCGCCUCCAUUUCCAAGCCCACCAGUCUCAGCAACAGCUCAGUCAGCAGCAGAACCACAGCUCAGAUCUGAUUCUUCACGUUGAGCAAGAACCUCCCCUCACCUCCAGCAACAAAUGCACCUUCGACAAAGACUGCUGAAGCCUAAGCAUAUUAAACUAUAUAGAUUUGUUUUUAUUUAUGCAAAUGUGUGUGUAUGUAGCACAGCAAUCCUGAAUGUCAUGUUUUCAUGCGCCACUGUUCUGAAGUAAGACAUUUUUAUGAUAAUUAUUUUAUUUUUAUUAUUGUCUUUCAUGGCUAUUUUUUUUAAUAAAAAAAAGAAACC